CUUCUCAGCAUCAACAAUCUCCGUCGUCAUCACGGCAACUACUCUUCAUUUUCUCUGCUGGGUUUUUCAUUUUUUCUCUUCAACCAGCAAAAACAUAUUAUCUGAAAAUAGAAAAAUUUUAAAAAUCAAUUGAUUGGGAAAAAAAAAAAAAAUUUAAGGAAAAAAGAGACGAGAAAUUGAGGGACAGGAAAAAUGGGGGAUCAGUUAGCUCGAGGAGAGGAAUUCGAGAAGAAAGCCGAGAAGAAGCUUACGGGUUGGGGAUUGUUCGGCUCAAAAUUCGAGGACGCCGCCGAUCUCUUCGACAAGGCCGCUAAUUGCUUCAAGCUUGCUAAAUCAUGGGAUAAAGCAGGAGCAACUUAUGUAAAGCUGGCUAACUGUCAUUUGAAGUUGGAUAGCAAACAUGAAGCUGCCCAAGCUUAUGUUGAUGCUGCACAUUGCUAUAAGAAAACUAAUACAACUGAAUCCAUAGCUUGCUUGGACCAGGCAGUAAUCUUGUUUUGUGACAUUGGACGGCUAAGCAUGGCUGCAAGAUAUUAUAAGGAAAUUGCGGAGCUUUAUGAGUCUGAGCAGAAUCUAGAGCAAGCUAUUGUUUACUAUGAAAAAUCAGCUGAUUUCUUCCAAAGUGAGGAAGUAACCACUUCUGCCAACCAAUGCAAGCAAAAAGUUGCCCAGUUUGCUGCCCAGCUAGAACAAUAUCAGAAGGCAAUCGAAAUUUAUGAAGAGAUAGCAAGAUACUCCCUCAACAAUAACUUACUGAAGUAUGGAGUUAAAGGUCAUCUUCUUAAUGCUGGCAUUUGCCAACUCUGCAAGGGCGAUCCUGUUGCCAUAACUAAUGCAUUAGAGCGAUAUCAGGAUCUGGAUCCAACAUUUUCUGGAACACGUGAACAAAAACUCUUGGAGGAUAUUGCUGCUGCUAUUGAUGAAGAAGAUGUCACAAAGUUUACUGAUGUUGUCAAGGAGUUUGAUAGCAUGACCAAAUUGGAUCCCUGGAAGACAACGCUUUUGUUGAGGGUAAAAGAAAUGUUGAAAGUCAAAGAGAUGGAAGAGGAUGAUCUUACAUAAUAAUUUUUAUUUCAAUAUGUGCUUCUGGCGUUUGUCUGGAUGACUGUACUAUUAUACUAUGAGCUUGUGUUGACUUGCAUCACUUCACAGCUUCUGCCUGCUUAAAAAAAUGCAUUUGAUUUGAGUUUUGAUCAGUGUGUUCUUGAAUGAUGAGCAAAUACUUUGUAAUCAAGUGACAAUGUUUUCUUAUCUUCUCAUAUCCUCCUUUCCGCUUUCGUAUGAAAGCGAGAGUGAGAUAAAAUGCUGGAUAAACUCGAUAGGGUUGAACCCAAAA